CAAUUACGACAUCAAUAUCGUAAACAUUCCCACGUGCGUCUGCUGAAUUUGUUAGCAGACGAAACUGGAGAAACAGGAACAGAGAGAUUCAAACGCUACAAGACAUUAUAUAUUGGCGUAAUAUUUUAUACAAAAACUAACUAUAACAAGACAGUCUUAAGCUAUGAUGUUUAGCUCUGAAACUGAACUAGAUGCUUUGAACAAGUCAGAUGAUAUAACCUUGUAUCAGGACAAUUUUACUGCUGAAAAAACUUUACAAAACAAUGGAACUCAAGAUUCAACAAAGAUUGAAAAUAAUCCAGGCAUGUCUUCACAACAAAGUUCAGAUUUGCAAUGUCAGACGCUAGGUAAGGAAAACGCAAAACAAGUUAAGGAACAUUUAUUCAAAUUAAUGGCAUCAGAAGAAAUAAGUACCAACUUCAAUGGAAAUCAAUUUGAGGAAGCAUCAGAAAAAACAGACUUUUUUCCAAAUGAAAUGUCAAAAGAAAUACAGGAAGAGGAAAAUGAGAAUUCCUUUGGUAAACCCAUCACUGAACCAAGAAAAGAUUUAACUGAACAUGAUUAUUCAAUACACACAACAGAAAAUAAUGAUGAAACGAUAAAACAAGCAGAGUCAUUACAUGAAACAUUAUUAUUACCUAAUUUAGAUGAACAGCAGAUUAAACCAGAAAGGAGUCAAACUGUUGAUGGUUUACAAGUGCAUUUUGCUUCUCCAUUAUUUGUCUAUCAUGAAUACAGCAUAAGUGAAUGUUCCAGUAGAACUGAGACCAUGGAUUCUGAUAGUAGUAUGGAAAUCCUUGAAUCAGAAAUUAGAUCGGAUGAAUCAAGUGUAGAAAACAAGACAAGGGACAUAAGUAAGGGUCCACUAGAAAUCAUAGAAGAAUCUAUGGAAAGUAAGGGUCCUCCAAAAGUAUUAGAAAAAUCUAUGGAAAGUAAGGGUCCUCUUGGAGUAUCAGAAACAUCUUUGGAAAGUAAAGAUCCUCUAGAAUUGCUAGAAGAAUCUAUGGAAAGUAAAAGUCCACAAGAAGUAUUAAAACAAUCUAUGGAACUAAGUACAAAUAGAUCUGAGGAAAUAAGUGAUACUUCUACCAAAGUUUCUGAAGACAAUUUACAUCCCAUUAUGUUUAGUGAUCAAUUUGAGAACAAGAGUACAAGUAACUUGUCUAUAAAAAUAUCUGCACAUACUGUUAUACCUUCAAUAUAUAACAAUAAAUUGUCAGAAGAAAGUGUACAAGUUGCUCCAUCAUCUUCAUUUGAAAACAAGAUAGUAAAAGACUCUGAAAGUCUAAUUCCCUCUGAUGAUUCUUCUCAAGAAGACAAGAUUAUUUCAGAAGUAAGAAAAACUUUAGAAAAUCUAAUUGUUCAAUGCUGUGACAUAAAUGAUGAAUGUUUAAAAAAUGAAUAUGAAGUCAAAUGUACAUCUGAACCAAACUGUGCCCUUGUCAUGCUCAAAGUAUCAUUUGAAGAAAAUGGGCUCUCACAAUUUUCACAAAAGGAGAAAGAGUUGGAGACAUUUUCUGACUCUCAUAGACAAGAGGUUAGACAAGUUAUAACUAAAGAUUUUACCAAGUUUGAUAUUGAUGAGUUAGAUGAAGCAAUACUUUUAAAUUCCAACCAACAGCAAUCAUCAGAAGAUAUUAACUUUGAAAACUCUGUAUCAGAAGAACUUUCAUCUACUGAAAACAGUAAGUUAGAGAUGAUAGAUAUUCAACCUUCUAUCCAUUUAGAAACUGAAAAUAACAUGUCUCAAUUGGAGGAUUUGGCAAACAUUUCAAACACACCAAACUACAGUGAUAAAGCCAAGAUGUUACAGGAAGAAAAUAAAGAAAAAGUAAAUCAGAUUUUGUCUCCAAAAUGUCUUGAAUCGAAGAGGGAAAUUGAAGAAUCAGAAAUUGCAAUGAGUUCCUGUGAUAAUCAAGUUACAUCAAUAAGUUCACAUUCACAGCAAUCUGUUGAGGAGCAAUCUAAUUCACAACUUCAAAUAUUUGAUAGUGAAAAUGAAAGUACUGAAUCAGAAACAGAAAUGCAUGAAUCUUUCAUUCAAGUAGAAGAUAUCAAACCAUUAAAUGGAUUAAAUGACAAGACAAAAGGCAAUGAAAAUGAUGAGAUCUCAGAAAGUGAAGAAAUUGUGGAUCAGUGCAUUACCAAUUUUGAAAAUCCAAGAAAAGGAGAUGAAGAUUUACAUAACAAUAUAAAGAGUGAUGAACAAGAUCUGUGUGCAGAAGCACAAAAAGGGGGAGACAACUGUAAUAGCAUUAGUCCAAAAGAGGUGGAGCAAAGUAAUGAUGUUACAAUGGUAUUUUCUAAUGUGAAUGAAAGUUUGAAGAUAGAUCAUGAACAUGCAUUUAAUGGAAAGGAUGAACAUAUCGAUGACAAACAAAAUAUUCCUGAAGAAUUUCCCAAUGAAUCUCCAGCUGAUUCUUCAGACAGAAAACCAAACUCUGAUUUGAUUGAUGAUGACACAACAAACAUUUUGAUUUAUAAAAAUGUUUCAAAGGAUUGUAAUUUGGAUAAAGACCAAGAAAGUAAUGUACCUAUUAUAGAAAGUAAUAUUGACUUCAAUGGAUUAUCUAAUUCUAAGAACCAACAGCAGGAACUUAAUCCAUGUUUAAAUGAAAGCUCUGAAUCAAUAGUAAUUAACAAACAAUUAGAUCUGCACUCAAAUGCAGUCAGUGAAGAUGCCAAAUUGCAAGUGCAAGAAAGCACUAGUAUCAAUCAGAAUGAUGAGGAGAGGUUUAUUAAAAUAAAUGAAAAUCAUUUAUCUUCAAAUUAUCUUCAAACUAACCAGACUAAUCAAAGAUUAGACAGAAAGAGAUCUGUAACGAAGACGGAGAUUGAGGAUGAAGAACCAUCAGCAAAAGUGUCUACAUAUCAUUCCAUAUCUGAAAGACUUGAUCAAGUUGAUGAAAAGUAUGAAUAUGCUGAUGUCAGAUUAGUGGACAAAGAGGGAACACAGCAUGAGGACGAUACAGUAUCUGAACCUGUUGAUAUCAAAAUGACUGAGGAAUUACAUUACAAUGAUAUACAAAAGAAAUGUUGUGCUAAGGAACAAAUGGACCAGACAGUGCCUGAUGAAAUUGACGAUGGUGUAAAGCUGGCAACAGAAACGCUUUAUUCUCAACAGAUGGAUAAAAAGGAAGAUGAUAUGUGUACAAUGGACAUGAAGGGAGAUGGCAAACAUAUUUUACCAGAGGAGAUGUCAGAGGAUUACAUAUGCAGAGAAAACAAUGACUUUCAUGGCAACUCAAUGGUUCAGGCAUUUAAAUGGAAGUAUGUACCUUCCAUAGAUCUAGACUCAGUUGUACCUAAUUGUGAAGAAGAAAAAGAUGCUAAGCCAUUAUUGCCAGCACCUAUGAAGACAUGUAAAAAGCCAUACAGACUGGGUUUAUCAAAACUACAGAAACUUAGCAGUUUACAUCCUAAACUCAAAAGAGUCUGAAAAAUGUUCCUUUGAAUUAGAAUUUAUAUAAUGAUGUAAACUUUUUAUACUUAAUUUAAUUAUACUGUGGCUAUAGGUUAGUCAUGUGUUUGUUUGUUUUUUUUAUUAGUUAUUUCGGAGGAUGGAAACUCUUUUGUAUUAUAAUGUACUAGAUAAAAUAGCUAUUUUUUUGUAUUCAAUAUUUACCUUUAUUAUUAUUUUAAAUAGAUUUAACAUUUUUUUUUUAUUAAUUUAUAAUCAUUUUCUUGGAUAUCAAAUAUGCUUUUUAAAGGAUCAGAAAAAAUGAAUAUACCAGAUAUGAAUGAUAUUUACUGUAACUCAUGUUUAUUUUUUCUAUUCUAUGUACAAUACAUAUGUGUUUACUCUGGACAAGGCACUUGCAAUUCUGUUCAGACACAAUGUUCAAGGGUAGUUCAUUAAAAUUUCAGCUUCAUUGCUACUAUAAGUAAUUUACUUCAUUAAAAAAGAAGACUCAUUCAUUCUGACAGUGGACACCUGACCAAACCUUUAUUUUUAUGGGUCAUUAUAUGAAGUUCUUGAUUUCAUAUUUUUUCUAAUACAUUUUAUGUUCUUAUCAAAAAGCAGACAACACACUACCAUGUUUUCCACUCAUUUUAAAAUGUUCCGAACUUCCCCCUCUUUUGAACUUUUUCUAUUUAAAGCAGUCUAUUGACUUUUAUUUGAUCCUUUAAAAACACUGUUAAUUAAAUUUUAUGCCAAAGUAACCUGUGAUUUAUGACUGUGAUAAAGUGGAUUCCAGUUGUUGAAUUAUUAAUGAUAGUUAAAUUUAAUGUUUUUGUUCAAGUUUAUUAAUGACAAUAUUGUUUCUUAUGUACCCUGCCAUUUUUUCAUACCCAUGACAACUUAUUCUUACAGUACCGUUAAAGAAUUAAAAAUAAAACAAUAAACAAAACUUUUAAAGCUUAUAUUGCUUCUAAAUAAAAAAAUAAAAAAAUUUUCACAGGAGUUAUCAUUCAUGUCACAUCAGUUAAAAUGGCAGGACAAGAACAUAUUGCUCAUCAAGGCAUAACUGUGAUAUUGUAAUAUAGAGAAUUGUUCAAGUUUUUCCAUCUUUUUGUUAAUAAUUCAGUGUUUGUUGGUAUUUAAUGUAUUAUUUACACGUUGUAGCUUAGUUAUAUGUCUAAAAUAUUCAUUAAAAAUAAUGAUUGUAA